GAUCCAGAUUCAGAUUCUAAGAAUUUUAGAUCUAAUGGACCAGAAUCAGAUUCCAUUUCUUUGCCAGGAAUGUUGGGGUGUUCUAAAUUUGGAUCUGAAAAUAAUAAGGAUGAUGAAGAUGGAUGGUAUAAAGUUUUAACUGAAUUCAAUCUGAAAGAUGUGAUUUUUG